CUAACAAAAAUGGUGUCCAAUCCUUCCUUAGUGUUGAACGAGAUCAAGAACCUCGAAUUCCAAACCCACCAAGCCCCUGAGGCCACCGAGGACUUCGACGUGUUGGUCGAAGUUAAAAAAACUGGUAUCUGUGGUUCUGAUGUCCACUACUACUUACACGGAGAAAUCGGUUCUUUUAAGUUGAACAAGCCCAUGGUCAUGGGCCACGAAAGUUCGGGAAUUGUCAGUAAGAUUGGCCCCAAAGUCACCAGUUUGAAGGUCGGUGACAGGGUUGCAAUUGAGCCUGGUUUACCUUCUAGAUUCAGUGACGAAUACAAAAGUGGACACUACAACUUGUGUCCACACAUGUGUUUUGCAGCCACCCCAGCUCCUGAAGGAACUCCCAACCCGCCAGGAACCUUGUGCAAGUACUACAAGUGUCCCGAAGACUUUUUGGUCAAGUUGCCCGAAACUGUGUCUUUGGAAUUGGGUGCUUUGGUUGAGCCUUUGACAGUGGGAGUCCAUGCUUCCAAGUUAGCCAACGUUAAGUUUGGUGAUGUGGUGGUUAUUUUUGGUGCUGGUCCUGUCGGGUUGUUAGCAGCCAGUGUUGCUACUGUUUUUGGCGCCUCGGCUGUGUGUGUGGUUGAUAUUUUCGACAAUAAGUUGCAAAUGGCCAAGGAUAUCGGUGCAGCCACUCACGUGUUCAACUCCAAGACUGAAGGUGGCUACACCCAAUUGGUUAAGAAAUUGGGCAAGUCUCCAACUGUUGUGUUGGAGUGUACGGGUGCAGAGGUGUGUAUCCAAAUGGGUGUUUUAGCAUUGGCUACUGGUGGUCGGUUUGUGCAAGUUGGUAAUGCGCAAGGGUACGUUAAGUUUCCCAUUACCGAAUUUGCAACCAAGGAAUUGCAGUUGUUCGGGUCGUUCAGAUACGGCUACAACGACUAUAAGACGGCUGUUGCGUUGUUGGAAAAGAACUAUAGAAAUGGAAAGGAAAACGUCAUUGUGGACUUUGAAAAGUUGAUUACCCACAGAUACUCCUUUAAAGAUGCCAUCAAGGCAUACGAAGAGGUUGCCGCUGGGAAUGGUGCAGUCAAAUGCAUGAUUGACGGGCCCGAGUAGGCUACCGAAGUUGAAUAUAGAAUUAAUAAUUUUUUGAUAAUUUAGUUAUUGAAUGUUGAGACGACUUAAUGAUAGUUUGUGCUUGUAGUGAAAAU